AUGGUCUACAUCUACACAUACGGAUCCGUUCCGAUCGGUGAUUCCGACCCUGGAAAAAUCCGAAAGGCCCAUUUGCAACAUGAAGCCGAGAGAGACGAGCGGUUGUCUCAAUCAUCAGGAACACAGAAAUCUCUCAGUGGUUGGCUCACUGUUCGAAGACAAUUCAUUCCUCUCAAAUCCUCCACUGCGACUUUCUCCACUAUCCCGGCAUCCGACUCAUCCUCUGCUAUCAUUGAGGCUGAUUCCGACACGGACAAUGUCUCUACCUCAAAGGAAGAUACAGAAAGCAGACCGUCAUCUAUAGUAGGAACGUCUGAGAGUAAAUCAUCGACCACAAAUGGAGCUCCAACUUAUACAGCCAGGAUAGCUCAAACAUAUCGACAAGUAAUGGAUGCUCGUCAAGCUCGAAAAGAACAACCUCCUAAGGAAUUCUUUUACUGCGUCUUGAAAGGCUCAGUCUUGUUUUUGUAUGAAGAUGAAGCCCAGACCAAUUGCGUAGCGGCGAUAGGGGUGGAUAAGUAUACAGUGGGGAUUGAGACUCCUUCUGGACCUUUUGAUGGAAGAGAUGCGGAGAUGUUUGCCAAGAGGAAUGCGAUAUGUUUGAGAGUUGUUGAUGGGCAUAGAGGGAUCAAUGUCUUGGCGAAAGGUAUGGAUGGAGAGGGGAAAGAGGAAGAGGGGAUGGAAAAUGCUCCUUGGUUUUUGUUCAACAGAUCGAAUAUCAAAAUGGAAGAUUGGUAUCUCACUUUACUCUCAGCUUCAGCCCUCAAGCCCGAUACCUCAGACAUCUUUUCACAAGAGGACAUGCAGAGUUUGGUAGACAGUAUCGACGCAGAGGCUGAUCCUAUUCCUAUGAGAUGGUUGAAUGCUAUACUGGGAAGACUCUUCUUCAGUGCGUACAGAACUGAGGCUCUAGAGCGGUUCAUCAUCAGUAGGAUCAUGAAGAAACUGUCGAAAGUCCCUCGACCGAGCUUCCUAAGUCCCAUCGUUGUACGGGAAGUUAACGUGGGGACAUCUCCACCUUUCUUCUCCAAACCAAUGCUCAAAGAUCUCACAGCCGACGGUUCAGCAGCUUUCGAAGUACACGCAGUUUAUAAAGCCAAAACCGACCACCCGGACUCCAUGAUCAGGAUCACCAUAGCCACCACCGCCACUAUCCCCACUGGAUUCAAACCCUAUAACGUCGAUUUGGUCCUUGCUGUAGUGUUAAAGAGUAUGGAGGGGAACAUGGUGGUACAAAUCAAGAAGCCUCCCAGUAAUAGGAUAUGGUAUGGAUUUACUCACAUGCCAAAAAUGGAGGUGGAGAUUAGACCGGUGGUGAGCGACAGGAAGAUACAGAUUGGGAUGGUCUUGAGGGCUAUUGAGAAGCAGUUGAAGGAGGUUAUUGCUGAAUCAAUCGUCAUUCCCAACAUGGAUGAUAUCGCAUUCUUCAACACUUCCCAACUCGAUAUACGCGGAGGUAUAUUCAGCUCAGCUCGCAAAGCUUCCCUUGUCCCCAGAAACGAAACUGAAGAGAUCUCCGACCCUAUCGAGAUAAGCACAUCCGCCGAGGAUCCAGCUUCGGCCACUGCGGAGACCCCGGCCCUGCGCAAGCGUCGUCCGGCUAAGUCUCAGACAAUCAGCACGACCGCAUCACUCAAUGACGAAAGCGAUGAACCUUCGGUGAAGGAUAGUAUGACAAGAGUCGAGACUGCUCCUCCGACUUUGGUGUCUUCACAUCCGUACAAAAAAGCCACUGCCAUUCAAGCUACAAGAAAAUGGUUUGCCACUACUUCACAUCGUCCGUCAUCAUCUCUUUCUCACAGUCCAUCGAGUUCAAACAACCCUUCUCAAGACAAUCUUCUAUUGAGCCGAAGCAAGAGUUCCGAACCUACUCCUACUGCUGCAACAACGCCCGAUCCGACUGGCCAAACGCCUCGAUUGUCAGUCACCGAACCCAGCACUGCUCUACCUGUAUCCACUGGAUCUUCAGAUAGUCUAGAUCCACUUUCUAGCGAAAGGCAGGACCUGACUAGAUCAUCGUCCCCCGAAUCCAAUCACACCAUUGGGAAGCUCGGUGUCUCAUCAACCGCCACACUGAUAUCUUCUCUACGGGCGAGAGAUAAGAAGGCUCUUGCAAGUCAAGUGAACGCUGCGAGGGACACGAUGAAGAAAUGGGGCGUGAAUUUUGCCGCCAAACGUAAAGCUGGUCUGAAACCUGAUGUUCUGGAUGAUCGCGAUCCCGACAAACCAGCCGCAUUGUAUCGUCCUGAAGAAGACGAACUGGACAUCCCUUCUUCCCCACAACUUAGGGAUUCCACAGAAUCACCAGGACGUUCAUUGCAAGAUCGACUCAAUGCCGUUGCUCAUGUCACCACCUCUCGUCCGAUGAGAGCAGGCUCGACGUCAUCUCAACAAAGUUUAUCUGGUCGACCGGCCUUAGCGAGUUCGCCGAAAUUCGUGACUGAGAAGAUUCUGGGAGUAUCUCCUCCCACAGGAUGGACUUUAGGAUCAGGAGGACCAACUACUGAAGUUGUCAAGGAUGCUGCUUCUGGAUCUACCACCACACCAGCAACCAUCUCUUCUAUCUCUAAAUCACCUAUGACAACAAAUUCAAAAGGUACUUCCAAUGCCAGUUCCGUUUCUGGACCGGGAAUCAAGAGGACACAAUCGACCGGGCCGACUGUAUCGAUGCAACCUCACGCAGGGAGAAGUAUGGUCGUUCCUCGAGUACCGAAAAGACCAGGGGAGGUAACUGGUUUUGGGUCAAGCAACUCGGUCUUGGUACAGGGAGAUCAGGAGGUUGAGGGACAACAUAAACAUGAGACGGAUAAUAUUGCCGUGAGAUCAAAUUCAAAAGCGAUGGCGUCUUCUACGUCGAGAAACCAGGACAAUGAUGACGACAUGAAGAGAUCAAUAAGUGAAGGAGAACAAGUACAAGUAGGUGGAAUAGAGAAAUUGGGUCCGCCACCAUUACCACCACGUAAAGAGUCUCACGAUGGCACAUCUUCCGACUUGCUUCUUGAUCAUGAGAAUGAUACAAAUUCUGAGAAUUCAACUUCGCUUUUAUCGUCUACGGAUGCUAGACAUGACACGAAAGAUUCAAAGACCAUUACUCCUUCUCAUCACGCUCCCCCACCUCUCCCCGCUAGGCACUCCGUCCCAAUACACCCAGCGAACGAGCAAGAUCAAAUCCCCUCCGUAAUCCCAAUCUCCCCUUCUCAAGCUCCUUCCUCUUCUUUCCCUGCGACACAUUCUCGAUCUCCGCAACAAGACCUACCCUCAGCCAUCGAGGUAGAUACGACCCUUCCGAACCCUCACGAUCUCCUGGUUGAGGAAUCAAACGAUAACGCGACAGUCAACGAGAAUACAACAGACGCCAUCCUCCCUGCUAUUCCAGCUGAGCAUGUAAUAGAAGAUGCUCCAGAUAAGAAUAUAGAGGAGAAGGUCGAACAACUUCCGAAUGCCGAUGAAGACGCAGAGGUCGAUACACCCACGACGGCAGCUCAGGAGGCGUUAAGGGAGUUGGUGAAACGUAACGAACAGGCAUUGAGGGCUAUGGAUGUGGCCGCUGUACGAGAAAAUGGCGAAUGA